CAACUACCCUCGUUCUCUUCAGAUCGCUCAGCUUGCAUUCGUCCACGUAUCGUUCGCCACGCUUCUCGCAACUCUUUCCAAGUCGCCGCAUCGUAGAUUCACGUCCAACUUCUCCACUGCGGAGGUUUCUGCCAUAACUUGUUUCGAACUUCCCCUGCCAACCACUAUUGCGUACCGCGUGGUGGUUUGUCUGGGAUUCGCUUUACGCAGAGUCAGCUAAGAAUCCGCAGCAACAUUUCCUACUAGGGCGCCUGCGAGCCAAUCUACUAGAGUCUAGUGAUAUUCCUCGAGAGCUCGACGCCGCAACUUGCGAGCCUACUGGCGGCCGUCAUGGCGACCCGCGCCAAAUGCCUCCUCGCCGUCGCGCUGCUCCUCUCGUCCACAUGUCAAUGCCUCGCCGUCCGACGAGCCCCCAACCCCCAGGCCACGUCACUCUACAUCGUGCGCCUGCGCUCCGCCCUACCCCUCGCCGCAUACAGCGGCGGCAUCGCGAGCUUCUCAGGGUGGACUGACGGCGACGACCCGUCGGACAAUGCUGCUGCCGGCAGCAGCAAGCCGAGCUCUGCCGCUGCGUCAGGCCUGCGGGCGACGGCCGCCGCGGUGGCGCAGGAGGCGGCGACGCUGGCCGGUAGCAUCCCGCGGCGCGUGCGGCUGAGCGCGGAGGAGAACUCGCAGCUGAAGGCGCACGCGGCGAUGCUGGAGGCUCAGCAGGUGCAGGUGGCGUCUGACGUGGGCGUGAUGUCAGACAGCAUAGUGUACAGCUACCAGCACGCCAGCAACGGAUUCGCAGCCACCCUGUCGGCGCAGCAGGUGCGGCGGCUGCAGCGGCACCCGGCAGUGGCGUCUGUGGAGCGCAGCCGCACCAUCAAGCCGCUCACCAUCGACUCGCCCACCUUCCUCGGCUUGCGCGCCUCGGGCUCGCUGUGGCCCGCCAAUGGUGGGCAGGCGAAGGCGGGCGAGGGCACGGUGAUCGGCAUCGUGGACACGGGCAUCUGGCCCGAGCACCCCUCUUUCAGUGACGCCGGCUUCUCGUCGUCGCGCCCCGCGGGGUGGUCGGGGAAGUGCGACACGACGAGCGAGUUCAAGUGCAACAACAAGCUCAUUGGAGCCCGCGCGUUCUACAAGGGCUUUAAGGCCGCCAAUGGCGGGCCGGACCUCUCGGGGGAUUGGCUGUCGCCUCGGGAUUCUUAUGGCCAUGGCACGUGGUGUGCAGGCGCCGCAGCGGGCAACAAAGACGUGCCAAUGGCGGGGGGCAAGGCAAGUGGCAUGGCGCCGGCGGCGCGGCUGGUGAUGUACAAGGUGUUCUGGUACUCGGACGGCUCGCUCUUCGCCACCAGCGCCGACAUCGACGCCGCGGUGAACCAGGCGGUGGCGGACGGCGUGGAUGUGAUCUCGCUGUCGCUGGGCGGCAUGGACCCCACCGACACCUACUUCUCCCACAUGAAGUACCUCGCAGCCAACCUCGCGGGGGUGUUUGUGUCGUACGCAGCGGGCAACUCGGGCUCGCCUGGAGGGUGGUUUGACAGCUACCGCACACUCGACAACUUCUCGCCAUUCUACCUCACCGUGGGGGCCAGCACCAUUUCACGUGCUGGUACAACCCUGAAGGCCACAAAGGCAGCAGCCGCAGCUCUCACCAACUCAUCAUCUGCCGUGCCUGCAGCCACCGUCGCCCCCUCCGUCGCCGACUUCUCCUCCUGCGGGCCUCUCCUCGACCCCUCCACUGACGCCACCGGCGCCCUGCCCACCAACAGCAUCUUAAAGCCCGACAUCAUCGGCCCAGGCGUGGACCUGUACGCUGCGUGGCCGGCGGAGAAGGUGGGGAAGCCAGGGACGUACUCGCAGCUGUCGGGGACGUCCAUGGCGACGCCCCACCUGGCGGGCAUCGCUGCCCUGGUCAUGCAGAAGCACCCCUCGUGGAGCCCCGCGCAGGUGAUGUCGGCCAUCAUGACCACCGCCAAGACCACGGACACCAGCGGCGCUGCCAUCCAGAAUGCGUAUGGAGAGGCGGCUACUCCAUGGGAAAUGGGGGCCGGCCAUGUGCUCCCAGCCAAGGUGCUCGACCCUGGGCUUACAUUCGAUGCUCGCGCAGCUGCCUACCAGAAUUUCCUUGCCGGGCAGAGUAUGAAGCGGGCACAGAAGGAGUUUCCAGGCGCUAAACUCACAGCUAUUGCCCCCCGCGAGCUGAACCGGCCAAGCAUCGCAAUCUCGCGAUUGAAAGGGACGCUGACGGCAACAAGGACAGUCACAAGCGUCGCCGAUACCACGUGCACAUACACAGCGACCAUCAAGCCUCCAAAUGGUGUGACGGUUACAGUGUCACCGAACAAGUUCACCAUCGCUCCCGGCAAGAAGGUUACGUACAUAGUGACAUUCAAGGUAACCAGAACUUUUGACAAUUUCCAGUUCGGAAGCCUGACAUGGGUGGAUGAUAAGGGGCACUCUGUACGAUCCGUGCUCGCAAUUCAACCUACCAGGAAGUGAGACUGGACGACCACCUCAUGCAGUGGCAUUAGCAGUACCCUGUGUGCUAUGGGUAUUGUACAGUGAGCUUGUAAUACCUUAAUUAUAUUUAUCUUGCAUUGUAUUAUUGUAUAUGCCAU